AUGAAAUACAGUUUAGUAAUCUUAAUUUUCGCAACAACUUUGAUAAGCUAUUCAUUUGGUAAUUUGGAACCUCCAGAGUCAGUGGAAAGAGAUAAAUUAAAGCAAUACGAAAGGAAAUCAGCAAAAGGUCUGGAUGAGGAUUCGCAAGAAGAGAUUCAUGAGAAUCAAGACAAAACAAACAGUGAAGAAGAUGAAAAGUUUCUUAAAUUAAUUAGAGAUGAACUUAAUCUGCCAACUAGUGGAAUUAAGAUUGUUAAGGCACCGGAUCUAUCAAAAGAUAAUGAGGGAAAAGUUGUAACUGAAUCUAUAACAAAAAUUCUAGAAAGUCAAGAAAAAUGGAUUCAGCAAUUUGAAGAAGAGUUGGAUGAAAUUAACAAAAAAGAACUAAGUAUAGAAACUGUUGAAGUAGAGAAAACUGCUGAGGAAAUUGAAGCUGAUAAUCUAUAUGAUCAAGCACUCUCUAUCCUUAACAAAACGAAAGCAUCAAAUCGAGCAGAGGGAUUUUCUUUACUUCGAAAAGCUGCUGAAAAAGGACAUAAGAUGGCUAAAAUUAAUAUUGCUUGGGCACAACUUUUAGGUAAUCCAUUAGAAUUGCGUGUAGAAAUUGCAAAAAAGACAUUUGAAGAACUUGGUGAAAAGGGAGUUCCAGAAGCACAUAUGGCUUUAGGAUUUAUGUAUGCAACUGGAAUUGGAUAUAAUGUAUCUCAAUCAAAAGCAUUAAUUCAUUAUACUAUGGCUGCAAUUGGAGAUAAUUCAUUUGCACAAAUGGUAAUGGGAUAUCGGUAUUGGGCAGGAAUAACAUUAGCAAAUAGCUGUGAAAAGGCACUGGAUUUUUAUCGAAAAGUUGCCUCAAAAGUCGCAUCGGAAGUUACAUUUUCAGGUGGACCAGCAAUUCAUCGAGUUCGUUUAUUAGAUGAAGUUGAAAACUCUGGCUUAAGUUCCGGUGUUUUAGAUAAUGAUCUUAUUGACUAUUACGAACUUCUUGCCAAUAAAGGAGAUAUUCAGGCACAAGUUGGUUUGGGACAAUUACAUUACCAAGGUGGAAGAGGUAUUCCAUUGGAUCAUAAGAAGGCUCUAUCAUAUUUUUUGCCUGCUGCUAAUGCUGGAAAUGCAGUUGCGAUGGGCUUUUUGGGAAAAAUUUACCUUGAAGGAAGUGAAAAUAUUAAAGCCGAUAAUGAUACUGCUUACAAGUAUUUUAAGAAAGCUGCAGAUUUAGGAAAUCCGGUAGGUCAAACAGGCUUAGGAAUAAUGUAUUUGCAAGGAAAAGGCGUUCAAAAAGACACAGAAAAGGCAUUAAAAUAUUUUACACAAGCAGCUGAUCAAGGAUGGGUGGAAGGACAACUUCAAUUAGGUCUAAUGUACUAUGGAGGAAUUGGAAUCAAACGAGACUUUAAGCUGGCAAAUAAAUAUUUCAAUCUUGCAUCUCAAUCUGGACAUGUUUUGGCGUUUUAUAAUCUCGCACAAAUGCACAGCUCAGGAGUUGGUAUGAUUAGAUCGUGUCCCACAGCAGUUGAGUUAUUUAAAAACGUAGCAGAACGUGGCAAAUGGGGUGAAAGAUUAAUGGUUGCAUAUCAAGAUUAUCGUAGUUAUAAAUUUGAUGAAGCUUUUAUGCAAUAUGCAUUCCUAGCUGAAUUGGGAUAUGAAGUUGCUCAAAGUAAUGCAGCAUUUCUACUUGAUAGAAAUGAAAUCAAAAUGUUCAAUAGUAAUCGUCAAGAAGAAUUGGUUCGUGCAUUACAAUAUUGGGGACGUGCUGCUGGUCAAGGAUAUUCAGCUGCUCAAGUUAAAUUAGGAGAUUAUCAUUAUUACGGUUUGGGUACAGGCAUUAUUGAUUAUGAAGCUGCAGCUUCGCAUUAUCGAACUGCCUCCGAGCAACAACACAAUGCAAUGGCAAUGUUUAAUUUAGCAUACAUGCAUGAACAAGGUUUGGGAAUGAAAAAAGACAUUCAUCUUGCAAAAAGGUUUUAUGACCUAGCGGCAGAAACGAAUUCAGACGCAAAAAUACCUGUUGCACUCGCUUUAUUAAAGCUCCAAGUUCUCAAUAAAUUUGAAUCCAUUGUAGAUAAAGAAAAUAAUGUUUUCAAAUCAAUGGGAUUAAAUGAGAACAUAGCAUCAAAUUGGGAUUUAUAUUUAAUUACAAUCAUUACCAUUCUUUUAGGAAUGAUAAUCUAUUCAAGAAGGCCUCCGCCUGAAACACCUCAACCAUCCCCACAGCCACAAUCUAGUAAUAAUGAAAAUAGUGAACACAGAGAGGAAAGCCAAAAUGAGUCUAAUAAUGAAAAUAGUCAACAAAAUCAGACAAACAGCAACGACAAUGGAGUUCAGUGA